AUGUCGGACGACCUACCGGAAGCCAGCCUAGAGAAAAUCCUCCUCAGCUUGCCAACCAAGAGUUUGAUGAAAUGCACAGCAGUUUGCAAGUCAUGGUUGUCUCUCAUCAAGUCCUCCACCUUCAUUCACACCCACCUUAACCGCAGCAUCCAAGACAACAACUCUCGCCUCUUUCUACUAUAUGCACACAACUACAGGGAUAGGAUUAGCAAGUCUUACUCUAUGCUUUGGCCGGACCCUGUUUUUGGUGACUGCAAACCUAAGCUUAACCCUAUUACUUACAACGGGGGAACUAUUGUCUAUAAAGGAAGUCAUGUUUCACCUCAGUGUCUAGUAGUCGUUGGUACUUGUAACGGUCUCGUAUGCCUUGCUCCUCGUCCUGGUGAUGAGUCCCCUGUUGUGAUUUGGAACCCAUCUAUAAGAAGCAUUGUGAUUUGUCCCAGCAAACCACAUAAUGAGGAUCCUAAAUAUGCUUUUGGUUAUGAUUCACGUACCAACGACCAUAAAGUGUUGAAAAUUAUGAGAGCCGUUGAUGUUUCUAACAAUAAGAUUGAGAUUCGAGGUGACAAUUACUCGUUAGCUACGGGCAUGUGGAAGAGAGUGUUGCUUCUAUUCCUGGACAAUUUCAUCAUGUCGUUUGAUAUGGUCAGUGAAGUGUUUUGCAAGAUGAAUGUGCCUGAAGCUUUGGGGGAACAAGAAUGCAGGUGUACAAAAUAUGGGGAUUGUCUUUCCAUGGUGGCUACUGCAGAUAGAUCAUUUGAAUUCAACAUUUGGGUGAUGAAAGAGUAUGGCGUUGCGGAAUCAUGGACGAAGAUAACCUUACGGCAUGAGAGAAAUCUUAGAACGAGGGAAUUGAUGUGUUGUAGAAGUGAACAACUCGUGUUUGGGAUAUAUGGGCCAAAUAUGUACGCCGUAGAUUGUAGGACUGGUCAGGGUUUAGAUAAAUCAUUUAUAUCUAAGAAAAAGAUGGGAGGGUUGAAACCCUAG